AUGAUCUCGCCAGGCGGAGACGGAAACGGUGGGGGGUUCCAGGAAGACCUCAGCAACGUCCUCUGUUGCCCAGACUGCAAGGAGAUACCGCCCAAUCUCGUCGAGGAAUUUUCAAGCGGCGACAUGGUCUGCCAGAGCUGCGGCGUCGUUGUCGGCACUCGCAUCAUCGACACCCGCUCCGAGUGGCGUACCUUUGCAAACGACGACCAUGGUGGUGACGACCCCAGCCGUGUCGGCGGACCGCAGGACGAGUUCGUCGAGGGGCAACAGCUGGCAACGACCGUCGCCUUCUCCGAGUCAAAGGCCCACAAGGCCCUGUCCCGGAUCCAGAACAACACCAACCAAGACAAGGCGCAAAAGGGACUGAUGCAGGCCUACAAGGAGAUUGUCUCGCUUUGCGAAGCCAUUAAUAUGGGCCAAAACGUCUCCAACGCCGCCAAGCACAUCUUCAAGCUCGUGGAUAAGUACAAGUUCAUGAAGGGAAAGCCGCAGGAGGCCGUCAUUGCCGGCUGCAUCUUCAUUGCGUGCCGACAGAACAACGUGCCGCGGACCUUUCGGGAAAUCUUCAACCUGACCAGCGUGAGCAAGAAGGAAGUGGGCAGGGUCUUCAAGCAGCUCCAAAAGUUCCUCCAGAAGCUGCAGGACACGGAAGGGGAAGGCGCCACGGGGCUGAACACGGUCACCAAUUACGAGAAUACGUCGGUGGGUGCCGAAGACCUCUGCGGCCGCUACGUGUCGCAGCUUGGCUUCAAGAAGCAGCAAAAGGUGUCGAAAAUCUCCAGGGACCUUGCCGAAAAGGCCAAUGAUAUCUCGGCCCUGGCCGGAAGAUCGCCCCUGUCGGUCGCAGCCGCGUGCAUCUACAUGGCAUGCCACCUCAUCGGUGAGCCGCGGUCAUCCAUGCCCAUCGCAAAACAGGCGGGCGUCAGCGACGGCACCGUCAAGACGGCAUACAAGCACCUCUUUGCAGCCCGCGAGCAGCUGAUCAAGAAGGAGUGGCUUGUCGACGGCGCCAGCAUGGAUAACAUCCCGCAGGUGCAAGCAUAG